AUUAUAAUCGUUACACCUCUGUUGAAAAGUAUUGCAUUUGUGCUAUUUGUGCAUUUGUAUUUUGUUCGAUUUUACACGAUUUUACAGUAAUUAUGCUGCAUGAUGUUGAUAAUUUAUCUAAAUUCUUCUGAACCUCCUAGCGUUAUACUACUUUCACGUAUUAUCUGCAUGAAUUUCUGAUAAUCUCGUAUAUUUUUCUAUUGCAUCGGGAACCGGUCAAAUAUCUCAAAAUUCACGAUGAAGGGUGUAAUUGAUGUUUUGGAGCUACAAGGACAGAGAGAAAAGCAUAGAAAAUUGAUAAAUUACACUAAACACGAGGGAAGCUAUAUCGGAGUUCGUUUCAUCAUGGAAUGUGGAAUGAAACUGAAUUUUGGACCCACGACAAUAACUACCGCAGCUCAUAUAUUUCACGCAUUCUUUAAGGAAACUGAUAUUAAACUGUACGAUAUGUAUCUCAUUGGAGCAACCUGUUUAGUUAUGGCGAGUAAAAUAAAAAACUCCGAGGUGAAACUGCGAGAUGUGAUAAACGUUGCUCAUAGUACUUUGUUCAGAGGUUCCUCUCCUCUCGAAUUGACUGACAAAUAUUGGGCCAUGCGAGAUGCCAUUUUUCAAGCUGAAUUAUUGAUUAUGAGAAUGAUAAAGUUUCAGUUUUCAAUUCCAGAUCCAUUCAAAUACCUGUUACAAUAUUACAAAACGAUGAAAGCUUGGUUGAGUCCUCGUGAUUGGAAAGACGCUCCCUUAAUACAGAACGCUCUGGCAUUUUUAACUGAUUUUUACCAUGAUCGCACGGUGAUUAAUUAUAAACCAGAACAUUUGGCCAUCGCUAGUUUAUUCUUAACUUUACAAUGUCACGGAGUAUCGGUUCCAAAUACUGGAGAAGACGAUGGCGUAGCGUGGUUCUCGGUGUUUGAUCCGGAAUUAACUAGAGACAAAGUAUGGGAAAUUGCUGAACGGAUGAUGGAUUGUUAUGAUGAAGAACCCAAAGAAAAUUCAUAAAGGAAGGAGUCGACCGACGCGACAGCACAUAGCAAUGUUUAUUUUUUCUUAAUGCUGGGAAAUCAUGAACGUUUAAUGUAUCGUUGUGAUGGAGAAACCAUAGAAAAUGUAUUCAAAAAAGGCACCGAUGCGACUAACGAAGAGCAAUGCUCAUUGUUCCUGAAUCCAAUUGAAAAUAGUUAUUUUUACUAAGUAUUGAAUAUUUGAUGUGUUUUCUGUGACAAACACUUCAUAUACUUUUUUUCAAAUGUUUUUUAUAUAUAUUUAUUUUUUCUGAAAAA